GCGUCCUGUUUAGCGUCUGUUAAACGAGAGGCAAGCAGCCGAAGUGAAACAACUCUAAGUCAUCACGUUUUCAAAAUGGCGUGCUACACAGACAGGAUGAAGGGAGUUAAGGAGGUUAACUACGAAGAAGCGUUUCAGAACGCGAAGGACGAUUUGCGUUAUCAGUUAAUUUGGGUGCAUUUUAAAGACGAGCCUGAUUUUGUGAAAAUUAUCGAAGACGAUGAUGCAUAUGAGAGAAUAUAUGGUAAGUUCCGAGUAUUUAGGCUAUGUUUCCACUAUAUCGGACAGCUUUCCGUAGCGGCGCAAAAAAAACACCUAUCCGAUACGGAAUGUACAAGUUUCAGAAGCUGAGCGAAACAACAUCUCUCCGUUGCAAUAAUUCCUUUGAAAAUAGCGUUCCUAAAAGGUACGGAUAGCUGUUUUUCACGUCGCUAUAUCUGGUACAGUGUAAACGUGGCCAUUGUCAUUCAUUUAGCCAGAAUUGAUUCUGGAAUUCAAUGGGUGUCCAAGCUUGGAAUUCGACCCAGUUAGUUAGACAUGAACUUGUGGUUAGAGCUCGACAACUGGACUCUGCAUGUAGUUCAGUUGGUUAGAGCGCUGCACCGGAAUCGCAGGGCCGCAGGAUCGAUUCCUGCCAGCUAUAGUUGCACUUUUUUGCUCCUGGUUAGGUAUAAUAAAUGUAUGUACAUUUCCACUCGAUAAUUUCCAUCUAUAAUACCCAUCUAUAUUCUAUGUAAUACCUGGUACAGCGCGCUAACUAUUAUCCUUUUUGUGUAUAGCUGAGGUUUUGGACAGCGAAGGUUUCCGAGGAUCGUACGCCGUGCACUGUCGCAGACGUUGUGUGGUGCGUUUCGUUGGCGUUCUCUACGAGUACAGUGAGAGGUUUCCACCACGCGUUGGCAAUCGCGUAGCGCUGGAACUUGGCGUGAAAUACAUCGCGUAUAAUCUCAAACGUUCUCAGGAGUUCGACUUGACGAAGCUUCAGAGAUUGAAGUUUUAUAACAAAGCUUUAAAGAUGGAGAUGAUUAUGCUCAAAGAGGAUUUAGAAUGGAAUGAUGAUCUCAACGAUGACAUGUUUAAUGAAAUACAACGCUUUGAAAGAAACGUGGAACGCGAGCGAGAGGAGAAUGAAAGGUUUGUGCCAUGAUGGUUUUUGCCAGAGCUUCGCGCAGACAAUGCCAGCUAUUUCCAGUCUUCCGAGAAUAAGCAGUCAAAACGCGGGCGUUUGACCCUUAAAACCUUAUACAGCCGAAUCCCUGUGAAGCGGAUCCCUUCGGGAGCUCACCGAUGUAUGCGUCCACUUGAAAGGGGUGUCCGCUUAAUGGGGGGAGAGAUGGGGGGCGGGGGGGUUGCAAUGAUAAUAGUAUUUUAUGAAAGAAAUCAUUGGGACGGGAGGUAUGUCUCCUUAAGAGAGGCAGGGGUGGAAAAAAUAGGCGAGCACUGCUCGCAGGAAAUGUUAAACAGCUGCAGGGUAUCCCUAAUGAAUGAAGAUUUGCUAUUGAAAAUUGGAAGGAAACCUUGGAAGGAGACAUUAUUCCUUGAAUUUAAAACCAUGGUCAGCUAGAACACUACUGUAUAUGUUUAUGCACAUGCAGAUUUAGCACAAAAAUACUCCGUUGGUCUGCAGGAGAUUUUUGUCUCCAGGUUGUGCUCCCAGGAAGAAAAUGCUUUUUUCCUGCCCUGAAGAGCGGUAUCCGUUAACAGGGCUUCGACUGCAUUUAUCCAUAUUUCAUUCAUUUCUCCUUUUCAAGGUUACUGCUAAAAGGCAAAGCAAGGAAGGCCGAGAUUGAAUUACUCAACUAUCGGCUUCUCAAAGAAUUUGGUGUUGAACAACAGAGAGAAGCCAAACAAAAGAAAGUGAAGAAAGCCUUACCAAAACCAAAACAAAAAGCUGCAAGCAAAGAUGAAGACGAUGAUGGGGACAGUUUUGAGGAGAAAUUCAACUCAGUCAAGACUUCUAUUAAUCGAGGAUUCACUUCAAUUGCCAAGGAUUAGCUGCAUGCAGACGAAACUGACUAAAUAAUAGAAAACUUGUUCUUGUAGUGUAUCUUUAGCUAAUCAACAUUCCCUAAAAAAUGAAUGUUAAUCUUAUAUAUAAACUGUUUAUUUAUCACAUGUCAAUUAACUUUUGCACUAUUUCUAAUUUGCACUGCUUGUAAUAUAGAUAGGUCCACAAAUUGUGUUCGUUCUUUGUUGAUGUUUUCUAUGGUAAUUGUUUUCUAAAGAAUGUGUUUUUAAUGAAAUAGAUAAUCCGUGUAUUGCGAUA